UACAGGGCAAUACGUCGACAUCGACUUCAUUAGUAUCUACAGUGCUGCAAACGACUCGACCGCCACGGCAACCCAUGAAUCUGGUUCCUCUGUAGGUUCUGCCACGAGUGGCAGCUCGACAACCGGCGCUCCAUCCGUUGUGGGAGGGAUGACGAAUCCUUCGUUGAACAGUGCGGCCGAUAAGUGAGUGUCGGGGCCCGCCUUAGUGACUCGUCUCGAUUAUCGAAGGGGGCCGUCGCUGGGAUUGUCACGGGCACACUCUGCGGUCUCUUGCUGCUCCUCCUUAUCCUCUUCUUCUGCUUCCUCAAACGGCAUCGUGAUCAUUCUCAGUCCGGUCCUCAUUCCGAGAAUCCAUCGCCUGUGCUGCCGAUGCAAGAGCCUGACUUGGAGGCUGCACGUCAAUUCGAGAUUGGAGAUGAGGAUUUACACGUAGCGGACAAGGAGUUUGACGAGCAUGAGAAACGGAUGACAGGCGCUACGUUCGAAUCGACGUGGUCGCAAGGAUCGUAUCGGUCGUCGACCACCCUGCGACACACCGAGCCUCCGCUGCCGAAGUGGGACACGUCUGCGCCUGUGCCGACGCUGAUGCUCGCCUCUCGCGAUAGCACGCAUACGCGGAGCGUGUCGGACUCGUCGACAAUGGUAGCUGAUGAGGUCGCGCGUGGGCUGUCGGAGGUGGUACUGAGUCCUCCAUCACGUCCGUCAAAGGGCGCGCCUGUUAGGCCUCCUCGACCGCCUAGUUUGGCUAUGAGCGUGACGCGGUACUAUUUUGAGGCCUAGCAAUCUGGUGUGGCACAUGUCCGAGUUUAACCUG